AUGUCUUGUUCAGCAUCCUUGUCAUUACAAGCACCACUUUUGGCUCCAUCAGCCAUGUUAGUCUUUGAUUUUGAUAGCACUUUGGUGAGAGAGGAGAGUUUAGUUACCUUGUUGGAGUAUGCUCUGAGAGAGGACUUGAGAAAUAAUUCAUCUAUUUCCGAUGAUGAAAAAGAAAAACAAUUACAAGAUGCUCUUUCAAAAGUUAUGGAUAUCACGAACCAAGGAAUUAAAGGAGAAAUUCCGAUGACUGAAUCCUAUGCAAGAAGAUUGUCAAUCGCUUCACCAACAAUGAAACAUGUUAAAAAGUAUUUAGAAAGAUCUGUGGAUAGUGUCAUGACACCCAAAAUGGACUCUGUUAUCAAUACUGUGAGAGAGAAUUAUCCAAUCCCGAUUCAUGUCAUUUCACAAGGCCCAAGAAUUAUUGUAGAAUAUUAUUCUAAAUUACUUUUCGGAAUUCCAAGCAAAAAUAUCCAUGCAGUCGAUGUUAAUUUUCCGGAAGAAGGAGUUGACACCAAUGCUCAUCAGUAUAUAUCUUUGGAUGACGAAAUGCUUUCGAAAGGAAAGAGUGGAGUACUGCAACGUAUUAUUGAUAAUAUUAACAUUGACCACUCUGGUAUUGGCAGCAAAGUUGAAAACAUUAUUGUGGUUGGUGAUGGCGUUUCCGACAUGAAUAUGAAACAUAAUGGGCCUGCAACAAUUACUAUUGGAUUUGGGGCUAAUUUACUUUUCCAAAAAACCAAAGAAUUGGCGGACUACUUUGUUAUAGAUUGUGACCAACUCAAUCAAAUAUUGGUGCAACAUGUUUUAAGAGACUGUGUCACAUUCAAUUUUUAUCCAGGACCGGCAACAAUUCCUACUGAUGUUAUGCUAAAAGCUAGGGAUAAUUUAUUAUGUUUUGAUAGAGGUAUCUCAAUUAUGGAAUAUUCUCAUCGUGCUCCUAAGUUUAUGAAUCUUAUGGACAGUGCUGAGAAGAAAUUGAGAGAAUUGGUGAAUAUACCAGAUGAUUAUGCAGUUCUUUUCUUGCAAGGAGGAGCCUUUACACAAUUUUCUGCAAUUCCAUUAAAUCUUUGCGAAAACACAGAAACAACAGCGAUUUAUGUUGUUUCAGGAACUUGGUCUAAAAAAGCUUAUCAAGAGGCUAAGGCUUUCAUGGGAGGCAAUGCUGUACAGUUUGGCUUGGAUGAAAUCAAUGAUAUCAAGAACAAUGAGUCGUAUCCUAAAUGUUCAUAUGUGUACUAUUGUGAAAAUGAAACUGUACAAGGAGUGGAAAAACCAUCUACUUUCUUGGAUGACAUAGUCAAUGAUGGAAAAAUAUUAGUGUGUGACAUGAGUUCAAACUUUCUUUCCAGGCCUUUUGAUAUUAGAAAAUAUGGACUUGUUUAUGCAUGUGCUCAAAAGAAUUUUGGAAUUGCAGGUCUUACCAUUGUGAUUCUAAGAAAAGAUUUAAUUAAGGAAAAGGAGAAUUAUGUACCUUCCAUGCUUGAUUUCCAAGCUCUUUAUCAAGAAAGAUCCCUUCUCAAUACUCCUGUCACUACCGCCAUUUACAUGGCCGACCUCAUAUUUGACUGGAUCAAGAGACAUGGUGGACUAUCUGCUAUGGAUGAACUUGCUCAAAAGCGUGCCAGUCUUUUAUAUAACUGUAUUGAACAGUCAUCUUUCUUUGAUUUGCCUAUCAAAAAAGAGUUUCGCUCACGAAUGAAUGUUGUUUUCAAAAUUAAGGACGUAACUCUUGAAAAGACAUUCAUUAAGGAGGCCGAAAGAGUUGGUCUUAUAGGUUUGGCAGGGCAUAGAAGUGUUGGUGGAUUUAGAGCCAGCAUUUACAACGGAAUGCCACUGAAAGGAGUGGAACGACUUGUUCAGUUUAUAAGAGUUUUCGAGAAUAGAUAUAAUAACUAA